AUGUCAUGCGAGAAAAAAGAAGAAGAGGUCAACAAGAAGGAAGAUAAGAAGGUGAAGGAUAAGAAGGAUGAGGAGCGAGAAAGAAGAAAAGAGAAAAUGAAAAGAGCUGGAGCAGUUUAUAAUCAAAUGAAUAAUAAAAGUUUGAUAAGCGAAGGGUCCACAGUUUUGGGAAGAUUCGAGGUCGAUGCGAUUAUUGGUGGUGGAGGUUUCGCUCAGAUUUAUAAAGCAUAUGAUAAAGUUCGCAAAGAGGAUUGUGCAAUUAAAAUGGAGCAUGCGACUUUGGAUAUUCGUCGAAUGAAACUCGAGAUUACUGUACUUUUGGCACUUCGUGGUUGCAUUGGAAUCCCCGAAAUUCUGGGUCAAGGAAAAUGGCAAAACGGAGAUAUCAAAUCCCAAUAUAUUGUGAUGCAGUUGGUUGGAAAGAACCUUUCUGAAAUCCGAAAAGCACUUCCACAUCGUCGAUUCAGCGAACGGACUCUGUACAGAGCAAUGCUUCAAAUUCUGAAGGCGUUGUCUCUUUUACACGGCGCCGGAUUCUUGCAUCGCGAUUUGAAACCGUCGAAUUGUUGUAUUGGCGCUACGGACUGUACUAGAAUCUACCUGAUUGAUUACGGUCUCACUCGACAGUAUCUUGAUAAAGGAGGAAUUGUCAGGAAGCCACGUGCCGGAGUUGGUCUUCGUGGAACAAUUCGUUAUAUGAGUUUGGAUGCUCAUGCUCGACACGAUUUGGGACCAAAUAAUGAUUUGGUUGCUUUCCUCUACACCACCAUCGAAUGUGGAGAUGGGUCACUUCCAUGGUCCAACGAGUCCACUCAUGAUAACAUUAUCAAAUUGAAGCAAGCUCAUACUGGAGAGAAAUUGUGUACAAAGCAACCAGUUAUGACAAAAGUUGCCGAGUAUAUCGAAGGAUUGAGUUAUCAUAACAUUCCGGAUUAUGAGAAACUUUUUGGAUUGAUUGAAGAUUGCAAUCCACCGGAUCUUAAGGAUAGUGAGCCCUAUGAUUGGCAGUAUCGAACUCCUCAUAACGUAAUGACACCGACGAAUAAUGAGACUCCAGGAGGAACUAAGGAGAAUGCGACAGAACGGAUGCAAGUGUGA